AUGUCAAUAUUUCCCGCCAUCGUCGAUUGGGAAAAAAUAUUUUCGGUUUUAUUUUUUGGUGAAUAAUCUGAAUUAUUUCAAUAAAAUGGGAAUUGUAACCCUUAAUGAAAAUACUCCUAAACAGCAUGAAGAAUACCAGUAUCUUGAUAUUGUUCGUAAAAUUAUCGAAACAGGAGACAAACGAGUGGAUAGAACUGGAGUAGGCACUCUAUCCAUUUUCGGAACGAUGCAAAGAUAUUCACUGACCAACAACAUUUUGCCACUUUUAACAACUAAAAGAGUAUUUUUAAAAGCAGUCAUUCACGAGCUGUUGUGGAUGAUUUCUGGUUCUACUGAUGCAAAAGCUCUUGCUGAAAAAGGUGUACACAUAUGGGAUGCUAACGGAUCCCGAGAUUUCCUUGACAAUCUAGGCUUUACCAGCAGAGAAGAAGGUGAUUUAGGACCAGUUUAUGGAUUCCAAUGGAGACACAGUGGGGCUCAGUAUAUAGAUGCCGAAACUGAUUACUCUGGACAAGGGAUAGAUCAACUUAAAAACAUUAUAGAGACACUAAAAAAGAACCCUGCAGACAGACGAAUGUUGAUGUGUGCAUGGAACCCAUCUGACUUGAGAAAGAUGGCAUUGCCUCCGUGCCAUUGCCUGGCUCAGUUUCAUGUGGCAAGUGGCAAACUGUCCUGUCUACUCUACCAAAGAAGUGCUGACAUGGGCCUUGGAGUACCAUUCAACAUUGCAAGCUAUGCACUACUCACACAUAUGAUUGCUCACAUUACAAACUUACAGGCUGGAGAGUUUGUACACACCAUGGGUGACACACAUGUUUAUUUGAACCAUAUCACACCUCUCACCACACAGUUGACCAGGGAACCAAGGCCCUUUCCCACUUUAAAGUUUGCCCGCAAGGUGGAAUCUAUUGACAACUUUAAAUUUGAAGAUUUUAUUGUAGAGGGAUAUAAUCCCCAUCCAAAAAUUGACAUGGAAAUGGCAGUAUAAGUUAAGGAUUUGACAUGGAAAUGGUUAAGGAUUUCAUUUGAUAAGUAUUAAUAUUCCAUCAACAUUCAUAAAGGAUGGUCAACAUAAUCAUAAUGGGUCAUCAGGGAAAAACCUAUUAGAAAAAGAAAAACUCUAAAAAAACUUUCUUUGCAACCAUUUUAUUUUAACUUUACAUGCUUAUAUGAAAUAACCCCAAAUGGCAAUUCAAUAUUAAAAAUAAAGUACAAUUAAUUAAUUAAUGUUACAAUGAUAAAAAUCCAUUUUCAUCAUCACAUAUCUUUUGUAAAACUUCAACAAUACCCAACAAAUUCAUAUUUUCAUCUUACAGCUACAAUCAACUUUUAGAGCUAUGUAUAUUAAUGAGUUUUUGUACAUUAAUUCUUUAGUACAAUUUAGUCUUGCUUCAAAAUGUAUUGUAUGCUUAAGUAUUUAGCAGAUUUUAAGUAGAGACUACACUUAAUGUCCCAAACGAAAUAAAUAACAUAGUGUACCUAAAUUUAAUAUACCUAAAAUCUAUUUAACUUUUGUGUACUGUUAACUGUAAAAGACUGGUUUACUUUAGACAUUAAACCAUAUUUGGGUAUUCUACAGUAUUGCUUUGUGAUGUUGUGAGCAUUUAAGAAUAAUAAAUUACAACCUUAUUGAAUAUUAUUUUAUUACUGAUUUGUGAGCACCCUGAUAAGUGAUAACCAAAUCUAAAUUAAGAGUUGGUUAUACAUAUACAUAAUACCCAAAGAUUUGUCUUCCAAAAUAGCACAAUUUUCGUUAUGAAAAUAGGCUUUUCAAUGUAAUUUGAUAAUAUUCACAUGCUUAAAACCUUAAAAAAUAAUUUCAUUUGACAAUAAAUAACGAAAAUUAAGCAAGAAAAUUGAAUUAAGUUCAAAGAGAUAACAUAUAUUUGGGCUCACAAGUUGUGAGUCACAACUUUCAUGUAAAAGAAGAAAUGAACCUGUGUGACAAUGAGGAAAGGCUGGUAAGAUAAAGAUUUUUUAAUGAUGUAUUUGCAUUAUCAUCCCAUUUAUGCUAUAAAUGUAUUAAAAAAUAAAAUUGUUGUUAUAAAUAUAAAAA